AUUUGCGUACCACGCGAUGUUGACGGUGGCUUUAAUUGAAACGAAAAUCAAUCGGGAAACUGUUCGAACUUGUUAGUUAUAGUCAGUACAUGUAUGCGCAAAUACUUUUGGGAGGCGGUUUUUUGACUCAAUCGUUAUCGCACCCGAAAUUCCCCGUUGGUGAAAACACUGCAUAAUUAUAUAUUAUGAUUUAUACAUGUGCGUGCCAUACAAAUGAUCAGUGGCAAAUGCAGAAACAUUUAUUAGUCGCAUUCCUAUGUAGUCCGAGAGUUCGUUAAUUGCAAUACAAUGGCAAAUUAUAUAUGUAUAUUGUCUAUUUGCCUAGUUUUUGCAGCCUUAACGCAAUUUAUCGUUGCGGACACAUCAACGUUAGAACGAAUUAAGAAACAUCAAGAAUGGCUAAAUCGGCAUAAACUCAGAGCGGAAAAAGUCAAGUAUACGAAAUGGAAAUCAUCUUUUGAGCCAGCUAAACUGUGGCGCAUAAACAAAGAACCUUCAAAUCAGAAUUCAAGCAUCAACGAGGUAUUCACGGAAAACGAAACCAGCUCUAUCAAUAGCAAUGUGAUUGGGGAUGCCAACAUCGACGUGUUGCCCACCAUCUUAACCCAAACGCCUCACCUAAGCAGCCUCGACUCUCAUGAAGUAUUAAAUAAAACUAAAUCAACUGAAAUAUCGAAAAUAUGGACGACUGUAGCGCCUACUUUGGCAACAAAAUCCUUGAUAGCCGACGAACCCGACGUUUUGACAACGGCACUGACACUGCCAAAAUUGAAAGAUGUUCCUUCAACAGCCUCAACUACCACGACUACGACCUCCAGAAAACCCAAGCCCAAGCUUAGACCCUUUCCUCGCUGGACCAAUUGGAAUCCAUGGAGCGAGUGCUCGCGCAGCUGUGGAGGCGGCGUUAUGUACCAGACUCGCAAGUGCAUUGAUCGAAAUUCUACGACGAGUAGAGUAUAUAUGAGUGAUACUUGUGUAGGUCUCUCGAAACGCUAUCAGUUAUGCAAUGACCUUCCCUGUCCCGCGGAAUCAAUGGAUAUUCGUGCAUAUCAAUGUGCUGCAUACAAUAAAGUUGACUUUCAGGGUCGCCAAUACAACUGGGAGCCCUACAUCAAAGACGAUGCCGAGUGCGAGCUGAACUGCAAGCCAUUGGGCAUGAAAUACUUCGCGACACUCAAUGAUACGGUUAUUGAUGGCACCCCCUGCCAGAGGUCCGCUGAAUAUUAUCGCUCCAAUCGGUCCACUCCACUGGGUCGGGCAAUAUGUGUCGACGGCAUUUGCAAGGCCGUUCUUGGCAACGGCUCCAUAAAGGGCCUGUACGCUAAUAGCGGUUCCGUCAGCUGCGGUGGCCUGCUUUGCCGUCCCGUCACUGGAAUCUUUACACGCGAUCCGUUGCCAGAGGACGCAUACGUUCAUGUGGCUACAAUACCAGCGGGUGCCUCGAAUAUAUCCAUAACCGAACUGAAGAACAGCGCAAAUUUACUUGUUCUGCGUACAAGCGAGCAGAAGAGCAUUUUCAAUGGCGAGAACGAGAUAUCGGAGAGCGGAUCAUAUGAGGCGGCGGGCGCAUUUUUUGACUAUCAUCGCAUCGAUGGAGUGCAGCAGGGCGAGGGCGUGACCGAGUGGAUCACAUGCACGGGUCCCAUUAGGGAUCCUGUCGAGCUUCUAGUUUACAGCAAUAUACUGAAUCCUGGCAUCAAGUACGAGUACCUGCUGCCCAUCGUUUCGGACUCGGAGGAGAAUGAGUUGUCGCUGGAAAGCAGCGAUGGCUUCUUGAAAGCAGGGCCCGUCAGCGAGGAUGGUAGUUCUGGCAGCAGUAUCCGCACUGGCCGCAAGCGUAAGUUCAACUGGAAGGUGGUCGGCUUCAGCGCCUGCACCAAGUCCUGUGGCGGCGGCACCCAGUCGCCGGUAGUGCGCUGCGCCCGUGAGAACCCGGUGCGAUACUACUCGCAGCGCCGUUGCAGUCACUCGGAGAGGCCAGUGCUCAACGAGAAUCUGCUGCACUGCAACACACAGCCCUGUCCGGCCUACUGGCGGUUCGACGAGUGGGGCGAGUGCCGUUGCCAGCAUGGGGAGGCGGUGCGCCGACGCGAACUGAGCUGCGUCCAGGAGCUGGCCUCGGGCAUCGUGAUACACGUGGACAAGGCCGCCUGCAUGGAGGAGCAGCCGCCCAGCGAAAAGCAAUGUGAAUGCCCCAAGGCCCGACGUCGCAACUCCGCCCGCUAUCGCAUGCACCUCCAUCCCGAGGGAGCCAAUGGAACCCAUCUCGUGCGUCAUCGUGCCCCGAAAGUUGUCAGCGAUGCGGUGUGGCUAAUGUCCGAGUGGAAUCAGUACUGUUCCUCGUCGUGCGGUCCGGGCAUCCAAUAUCGCACCAUCUUCUGCGAUCGCUCCAAAACCAAGAGCGAACGGUGUGACCCCCGCGACAUUCCGGAGAACCGCAGGCCCUGCCAGCAAGCGGCCUGCGAGCUGGGCGAGUGGUUCACCGGGCCCUGGUCGCCCUGUAGUGGCGAUUGCUUCAAUCUAACCCGCUCUCGAACGGUUCUGUGCAUCAGGAAUCAGCUCAUCACGGACGACGAGGAGUGCAAGGCGGAGCUAAGGCCGCAGCCGCUCGAGAACUGCUCGCACGAAGAGAUUGAAUACUGUGCGCCUCGCUGGCACUACUCCGAAUGGUCUGAGUGCACCAAGAGCUGCGAUGGCGGCACCCAGCGACGCACCAUCAAGUGUCUGGAGUACGAUGACAAGCAGAAUGCUCUACGGGAGUCCGCAAGGUGCCGCUAUGCAUUGAGGGAACCCAUCUAUCGCAACUGCAAUACACAGAAAUGUGAAGAUCUGAAUACCGAGCUGCUCCAAAACGAUGAGGCAUCGCCCUGCGUAGACAACUUUCCCAACUGCAAGUGGGCUGUGCAGGCCAAGCUGUGCAACUAUGAAUACUAUAGGAACAAUUGCUGCUUCUCCUGCACUCGUGCUUAUUAAAUCGAACACAAUGUAGUUUUAAUAGUUGCGAAUGAAUGGAAAAUGAAGCAGAAAAACAGCAAGAACAAAAACAAGAAAAUAACGAAAAACGUGAUCUUAAAGCAAUUUCUUACAUAUACAUUCAUAAAUGAUCAUUAGUAGAUACAUAUAUGCAUAACUAUCAAAACUAGCCGCAAAUCCUCAGUAUGAAUUCCAAUCUGACAUACGAGUGCAUUUACAUCUACUAACACAUACCGCCUAAGUGCAUAAAUACGUAAACGAAACAUAAACAAA